CUUUAAUAUGAAAGUAUUUACCGCUCCGCUAUCCGAUCAUAAGUACGCCGGGCGUAUAUCGCUGGUCUCUUGUAAAACAAUCAACCGUGUUGUUUGUUAUUGACUUCGUUGUUGACUUUCGGUCAUAUCGUUUUAUAGUAGUUAAACGAGCCGUUAAUAUGAUUAUUAAGAACUAAAUUAAGAAGAUGUUAUCUUCCGCUCAAUUACUGAACAUGACAAUAGUGAAUUUAAGUAUGUCAUCUCUCAGAAAACGUAACUGUUUUUUUGUGUUUAUAUUUAUAGUGUUUGUGCCGUUCUGUUUAUUUGUCAUACUGUCUGUGCCAGAUAUUUCAUCAGAAGAAACCUUGUUACAAAGGUUAGCCGAACUUCAGGUGAGAAUUCAGUACUUGGACGCUAUGUACAGAUCACGGCAAGAGGAACUACAAGAACUAACACAACACAUCGACCAAAUCUACAAUGAAGAUAGUACCCUGAAUUCUUCUGCAAAUGUACAAGAAUUAAGGCCAGAUAUUAAACAAAUGUUAAAAAACAUGUCGGGACUUUACGCUGCUAAUGGUCUUAAUCCUGGUGUAUCGGUGAAGUUUCCUUCAGCCUUUCACUUUCUUCCACAUUUACUGGAUAACCCCAAUAGCUUAAAGCUAGCCUAUCUUAUGUCAAAGAACAGAGAGGGAGUUUCGUUGGUUUUGGGGAUACCAACUGUCAAGAGGGAAAAAUAUAGCUAUUUAAUGGAUACCUUGCAAAAUCUUAUCGACGGAUUGUCCCCAGAAGAAGCAAACGAUACGAUUAUUGUUAUUUUGAUAGCGGAGACUGCAAUGGAGUACAUUCUUCAAAUCGCUAAAGAAGUAGAAAUGAAAUUUCCUUCACAAGUAGAAUCAGGACUUAUUGAAAUUAUCGCCCCAUCUUCUGGAUACUAUCCCAAUUUCGAUAAGCUUCGAAUUACGUUGGGAGAUUCAUCAGAACGUGUUAAAUGGAGAUCAAAACAGAAUUUAGAUUAUGCAUUUUUAAUGUCCUACUGUCAAACCAAAGGAACUUUUUAUGUACAACUUGAAGAUGAUAUUUUAGCCAAACCAUCCUAUGCAACGAUUAUGAGAAAAUUUGCGAUCGAAAAGACUGCCAAAAAAGAUCCUUGGAUUGUGUUGGAUUUUUGCCAACUAGGAUUUAUAGGAAAACUUUUUAAAACUGCUGAACUUCCAUGGUUAAUAAAUUUCUUCCAAAUGUUUUUCAACGACAAACCUGUUGACUGGUUGUUGGAUUAUUUAAUUACUACAAAAAUUUGCAAUUGGGAGAAAAACGAUAACUGUAAAGCAGACAAAGCAAAGGUCUGGAUUCAUUAUAAACCAUCAUUAUUUCAACACAUUGGAAUGCAUUCGUCGUUAAAAGGAAAGGUACAAAAACUAAAAGACAAACAGUUUGGAAAAGUGGCUUUGUUCUUUCCUCACAACAAUCCUCCAGCUGAAGUGGUAUCUGGAAUUAAGCAUUAUAAACAAUAUACUCUAAAACGAGCUUACUUAGGAGAGACCUUUUUCUGGGGUUUGUUGCCACAACCAGGCGAUCAACUUUUAUUUAACUUAACACCGCCAGUUACGCUAAAAAGGUUUUAUUUUCGAAGUGGAAACGCAGAGCAUCCCACGGAUAAGUUUUACAACACCACAGUUGAAGUCAAACCUGUACAGCCAAUCCAAAAUUUAAAUUUUUCUAAUGUUACUCAAGAUGGUUUUAUUAUAAUAGGUAAAUUUGAUAGUGCUGGUAUAGCUUCUGGUAGUCUAAAUAACAGCAUUGGCAAAAUUUCAUCGUUAAGACUGAAUGUACAUAGCGAAAGUGAUAACUGGGCUAUUUUAAGUGAGAUACACCUUCAAGAUGAUUCCAGAAUUAGGUGACAAACCGAUUCUACAUUAUUGUAGAGUAUCCAGCUAGUAAGCAAUAAUCUGUGAUAUUUGUUCGUUGAUCUGCACAUUAAAAAUAUAACAGCAUCGAAACAUAAUUGCAAACAAACAACAAAUUUUAAGCAUAUAUUUUACGGACUUAAUGUAUUUCUAUCAUGCACAAAAUAAUAAGAAUUCUUACAUUUGUAUAUCAAUCUAAACAUAAAAGUUAAUUCAAUAUUUUUUAUCUAAGAGCUACGAGAACGCUAAGAGAAAAGCUAAGAGAACGUACACCUGUAGAUGUACGUUCUUAUGAUAUUUUAAUGACGUAAUUAUGGGAGCCUGGGAGGAGUAUAGUAGAAGAAACAAAGACACAGACAAAAUGCUAUACAAAUAAAAAAACGAACGAGAUGGAUUGAUGAAUUUAUAGAAGAGUUGGUGGAAGUAAAUAGCAAGAAUAAUGUAAAGCUAUAUACAGUAUGGUGCAAAUGUCUGGAAUAAAUUCGAUAUUUCGUAAACCGACGACUUUAUGAAAAAUCCCGAAGCAGGUCGAUUUUUAUUUUUAAAUUACGAUAUUUUGGCAUAUAUUUCAUAGGAGUGACGUCAUCCCUAUGAACGUGAUGACGCAAUCGAUGUUUUUUAAAUGAGACUAGGGGUCGUGUGAUAGCUCAUUUAAAAGGGUAUUCAAUUCUCUAUUCAGUAAUAUAAGUAUUAACAUAAUUGCUUAUACACAGUGUCCAAAAGAAUAUUUUUUUAAAUUAAAUUACAUAAUUGACAAAAAAAGAAUAAUGUAUGUACGUUAUUUAAUUCAAAAUACAUUUUACUAUUGUCAGAAAACAGAAAAAAAAUUUUAAAUGACAAAUAAGGAUUGUUUUUCGCUUAAAUUCAAUGUUCAAACCAUCUCCCACCAACCACCUGCCUCUUUGAAGUUUUAACGUUUAAUUUAGGCGAAAAGCAAUGCUUGUUUGUCAAAUAAACUUUUUCUGUUUUCUGACAGCAGUAAAAUGAAUUUUGAACUGAAUAAAUUAGAUACAUUCCUCUUUUUUGUCAAUUAAUUUAAUUUAAAAAAAUUAUUUUUUUUUGGACACCACCCAGAUAACAAUAUAAACUUGUUUCAAACUUGCAACAAGUUUGAUACAUCAAACAUGAAAGCUUGCUGAAGGUUUGCCUUGGCAACUUUGUAAACUUGCAGCAAGUUUAAAACAAACUUGCUAGUUGGAGUGUGACAAACUUGCAUGAAGUUUGUUUAUUCAAACUUGAUACAAACUUGAUAUAACAAACUUGCUGAAGGUUUGUUUUUGUUCUGUUGCAUGAAGUUUGUUUUUUCAAACUUGAUACAAACUUUCUUAAGGUUUGUUUUGACAUACUAGCCACAAUUUGAAUAAAACAAGGUGAAUAAAAAAAUACAAUACCAUUUUAUAAAACAAUUUAUUAAUCACUCAACUAAAAUACAAUAUAUUGUCAGCUCUGGCUCUGAAACAAAUAAAAGAAAUUAUUAUAAGCUCUUGCUGUGUGCAGAAUUAACAUUUGGUAUUAAAAGAGAUAAAAAGAUGUUAAAGUAACAAUUUUACAAUAAAACCUAAAACUUAUUUAUAUAUAAUAUAUUGUAAAUAUAAUUUAUUUUAGAUGGUGCCUAUGUAAAUAUAGCUAGAAGCUACGAAAAACAAAAAAAACUUACCUCAAUUUCACCAAAGCAAAAAGAAUACCAAUCUGUAAGCUUAGUAAAACUCCAAAAAGAAGCUUCAGCUUAGUAAUAUUAAUAAUUGAAGUAAUAGUCUCGGAGAACUGUACGGUAAAUUAAAUAAUACGGUAAUAAAGUAAAAACUCAAAGAAACAUUUAACAACAACAUAGGAUAGGAGGACAUAACCACAAAUUGCACAAAUUAUCAUCGCUUAGCACUUUGCAGGUUACUUUCCCGUGUUGCCAGCUGUCGAGUAAGCUUUUUCCCUCAACGUACCUUAAAAAUUCCCACUUUUAUGAUAAAAUUCCCUCUUAUGCUCUUAUUUAAAAAAUCUGUGAAAAUAUGUUGAAUUAUUUUCAAAUAAUUUGAUUUUUUUAAAUAUUUUACAAUUUCGACUGUAGCAAAGAUUCACUUUUAAGUCAACUUUUCCCUUUUAUGUUGAAAAUUCUCGCAAAAAUGGAAAUUUCCCUCCGAUGGCAACACUCUCGUUAGCGUGGGCGUUACAUCAGUCGGGGCAAGUCAGGGUACCGAACAAAACCGAAGCGAACCGACCGACCGACCGUAACGUGUAAGUCAACCAAAUAGAUGGCACGCGUGACGUGGCUUUGCAACUGUUAUGCUUGCAACAAAGUUGCUACAAACAUGAAUCAUCAUCUUUGUCAUAACAAUCUUGCAGCAAACUUGACACAAACUUGCCUCGUCAUAUUUGACGCAGAAAUUUAAAAUCAAAGAAGAAUCAAACUUGCCACAAGUUUACAUGCUAUCUGGGCGUGUAUAAACAAUUAUGUUAAUAAAUUGAAAAGUCUCAGAUGCAGAAUCCACCAAUUUAAUAAAAAUUAAAAUGGUAAAUAGUAAUUUAAACCUGAGACUUUUGAAAGUUCUUUCUGGUACAUCCUUAAUCUGCGACUUUUUCAAUUAAUAAGACCGCAGACGACGAAUAUAGAAAACGAAAAGGAAACGAUCACAUUCCGCUUUCAUUCGUCUAGGAAAAAAGGACAGAAGAGGAUCUUUCAGUACUCAAAUCCGAGUAAAGAAAAUAAAAAUGAUUAAAAAUCCCUUUAAAAUGAUGGUCCAGCUGUUUUUCGAUUCAGAGGAGUGCACGAUAACGAACGCUGCCGAGGACGCCUGAAAUGGUAGAAACAGUGUGUCCAGCGGGUGUGCAACCCUCUGAAUAUGGAGGUUAUCGGUAAACAAAAAUAUUGUAUAAUAUUAGUUUUUAUUGAUGUGUGGACAGAAAUAAAAUUAAAUUUAUAAUUAUAGUGACUUUUUAAAUAGUUUUGAAAAGCCGCAGGUACGUAAUUCUAAAUGUUUACGUUGGAAAUACCUAAUAGUUUCAAUAUCUAUCGAUUUGGAAAAUGUAAACAAAAUAAUGUAGUUACCUAUUAGUAGGCAAUGCUUUAAUUUACAUAAUCUGAUUACGAACAAACUUUCUACAAAUCUUCAUCUCAUAUAUCGUUUUCUUACUCUAUAUUUUGUUGUAUUUUAUUUCGACAAAAAUCAAACUAAUGAUUUUAUUAAAUUCAUAUAAAUUUAUGGUGUAAUCGUUUAGUUUGUGUAUAUUCCCACAUGACGUACACGCGAAUGUGGUGCAGUUUGAAAUGCCGUCAACUUUCGUACGGCACGGUAGACGUGAAGUGGGUUCGAGCCCCAAGCAAGCUAUUAUUUUUUUAUUUUUUUUUUAUAAAUUUUAUGAUUGUAAGUAUAUUAUUAUAUAAUUUUUGAAGAUAUUCUUCUUUUUUGAAAGUGGUAGAUAAGAAAGUUAGUUUGAUUUUUAAAUAGAAUAAGUACAAAUAACCUUUUAAGUAUAUUUACUUCGUUUAAAUUACCUAUUAUAUAAUAGAAGAAUAUCUUCUUACGUGCGUACAAAGUACACACACAUUCUUUUUUUUUCUUUACUCGGAUUUGAGUACUGAAAGUUCCUCUUCUGUCCUUUUUUUCUAGACGAAUGAAAGCGGAAUGUGAUCGUUUCCUUUUCGUUUUCUAUAUUCGUCGUCUGCGGUCUUAUUAAUUGAAAAAGUCGCAGAUUAAGGAUGUACCAGAAAGAACUUUCAAAAGUCUCAGGUUUAAAUUACUAUUUACCAUUUUAAUUUUUAUUAAAUUGGUGGAUUCUGCAUCUGAGACUCUUCAAUUUGUUAGGAUAUGUCGCUGUAUCGCGUCCUAAUGGGGAAUUAGAAUUAUUUUUCAGAUUCCCUUUAAAAUGAUGGUCCAGCUGUUUUUCGAUUCAGAGGAGUGCACGAUAACGAACGCUGCUGAGGACGCCUGAAAUGGU